AUGAAGCUCCGGCGCUUCCGCCCGCGUGCCGCGGGGGGUCGUGCGAUGCUCCGGCGAAGGGUUUUUCUCCUCCCCCUCCUGCUGCUGUGCCUCCUGCUCUGCCUCUUCCUCCUCGUGCGUCUGCUGCCGGCGGAGGCGGGGAUGGACCUCCACGGCAUGCCCCUCUCCAUCCCCGCCGGAGGCAGCACCAGCAGCCUGACGGUGGUCGUGACGGAGCUGCGGGCGUCCGCCGCGUCCGCGGAGGCGGGUUCGCGGCUCGAGCAGGCGCUGCGGCGGCGGGAGUGGUGCACGCCUGCGUCGCCGACCCAAAGUGUGACGCUCGUGCUGGUCUUCUACGCCCCGCCGGAGCCCCCGCAGUGGCCCCGCAGCCUCCCGGUGCGGUGCGUCGCGUGCGGCAAGAGCGACCCCUGGCACACCUGGACUGUCGGCCUCGCCGGCUCGCAAACCCGCGCAAAGCUGGGCGUGGCGCCGUGCGUGACGGGGGCCCACGUCGUCUUCGCCCACAAGGCGGAGGCGGCCACCAAAGUGAACUACGGCGUCGUCCCGGCGAUGGUGCAGGCGGCGUUGGGGGCGGUGCCGCGGACCGACUACUUUCUCCUCAUGGCGGACGUUGUGCUGCCCGCGGCGGACGACUUUAUGCAAAAACUGCUGCAACCGCUGCAGCAGAACGCUGGGCGCGUGGCGGCGGUGCAGUGCACCCUGCUGCAGCGGCGCGGGGGGCGGACGCAGGGGAGCGGCGAACACGGGGGGGGCGCUGCCCUACUCCGACCACCGCGUCGUGGACAGGGGCGUCUUCGUGGGGCUGGGCGUGCUGAAAGAGAAGCAGCUGCUGCUGCCGUACCUCGCACGGCGGUUCAACGGCAACGCCGCCUCGGACACGCGGGUGUCGGAGCCGGAGGUGGUCGACGCCGUCUCGCCCUUCUGCACGCUUUACCACCGCGCCGCGUUCGACGCCGUUGGCGGGUUUGCCGACAUCACCCCCGGCGACGUCCCGAGCGCGUCCUCCGCACCCGACGUCGCCGGCUGGGACCAGAGCAUUCGCCUGCAGCGGGCACACACGAGUUGGCAGGUGUGGAGCAGCGGGGCGAUUGGGGUCCUCGACGCCCGCGUCUCCCUUCCGGCCCAGGCGAUGAGCCUGAUGAGCAAGCCGGUCUUCCCCGCCGCCGACAGCUGGGGGGAGAGGCACUUUGA